AUAACGUCUAAGGACAGUCAAUGCACAAACACUCAUCAUAUAAGUCGUGUGUUGUGACAAUCAAUUAGAUGGCAGUCGACAAUUACACCGCGCGGUUGCUAGUAGGAACUGAGUUAUAAAGUGAAGUGCAGGUUUUACGAGAUUUCCCGGUGAAUAUGGUGCACCAAAAUGUUCAAAUUGGACUUGAAAAUGUUAUCCCUAAUUUGAAUGCUAGUGAUGCUAGCAACGUGCCGAAUGGAUCAGCCACGGACGAGCGUAAGGGCAACGUCACAUACGGCAUCGAUGACGCGCCGCCGUGGUACCUCUGCAUAUUCCUCGCUUUACAGCACUACCUGACAAUGAUUGGUGCCAUAGUAGCCAUCCCCUUCAUUCUCUGCCCCGCGCUUUGUAUGGAGGAGACUGAUCCAGAGCGAUCCAAUAUCAUCUCUACUAUGAUAUUUGUAACAGGUUUAAUAACUUGGUUACAAUGCACAUUUGGUUGUCGUCUACCAAUAGUCCAAGGCGGCACCAUAUCGUUCCUAGUACCAACUCUGGCUAUUCUAAAUCUGCCUGCGUGGAAAUGUCCGGCGCCUGAUGUGUUAGCGGUGAUGUCCGUCGAAGAGAGACGUACAGUCUGGACCAGUAGGAUGUGUGAAUUGUCCGGCGCUAUUGCUGUGUCCGCCCUGUUUCAAGUCGUUGGAGGGUAUUUCGGCAUCAUCGGCUCCUUGCUCCGCUUCGUCACUCCUCUGACCAUCGCCCCAACAGUGGCGUUAGUGGGACUGACGCUGUUCGACCACGCGGCCGACGCGGCGUCCCAGCAGUGGGGUAUAGCGGCUGGAACCUUCAUUUUGCUCACGAUAUUCUCUCAAUGCAUGGGGGAGGUGAAGAUCCCGACACUCGUGUGGAAGCGAGGAGUUGGCUGCACUGUCAUAUGGUUCCCACUAUUUAAACUCUUUCCGGUGCUUCUAACAAUAGCGAUAAUGUGGGUAGUGUGCGGCAUCCUCACCGCGACAGACGUGUUCGAGACCGGCCAUCCCGCGAGAACAGACCUCAAACUGAACGUCAUCGAAGACGCGCCUUGGUUCCGGAUACCGUAUCCAGGUCAAUGGGGUGUACCAACAGUGAGCGUGGCUGGCGUGCUGGGCAUGUUGGCCGGCGUGCUAGCCUGCACCGUCGAGUCUAUCAGCUACUACCCCACCACUGCGAGGAUGUGUGCGGCCCCGCCUCCGCCCCUUCAUGCUAUCAAUCGAGGUCUUGGGACCGAAGGCCUGGGCACGAUGCUUGCCGGACUGUGGGGCUCGGGUAACGGAACUAACACCUUCGGGGAGAACGUUGGUGCUAUUGGAGUUACUAAGGUGGGCUCCCGGCGCGUCAUCCAAUGGGCGGCAGGGCUGAUGGUGCUGCAGGGCGUGGUGGGCAAGUUGGGCGCAGUGUUCAUCAUCAUACCGCAGCCGAUCGUGGGCGGCCUGUUCUGUGUCAUGUUCGGCAUGAUCUCCGCUUUUGGUCUCUCAGCUCUUCAGUACGUGAGCCUGAACAGCUCCCGGAACCUGUACAUCAUCGGCUUCAGCCUGUUCUUCCCGCUAGUGCUAACGCGCUGGAUGUCGGCCCACAGUGGCCUCAUACACACCGGCGUCGAGGCGUUGGAUGCUGUGUUACAGGUCCUGUUGUCAACUUCUAUCCUAGUCGGUGGGAUAGUAGGUUGCUUGCUGGAUAAUUUAAUACCGGGUACGGAGGAAGAACGUGGAUUGGUUGCGUGGGCAAAAGAGAUGUCAUUGGAAGCGAUGGGCGCGAACGAGCUUGGAGAUACCUAUGAUUUCCCUGUGGGAAUGUCUCUUAUACGAAGAUGGAAGUGGACGCAAUACCUGCCCUUCAUGCCGACCUACCAAGCGGGCAAGUUCUCCGCACUGUUUCACAGGACAAAGGACAGCUGAAAUACCUAACUUAUGGCGAAUAUUCAACUUCAAAGUCAAAGUCAAAAUCAUUUUUUCAAAGUACACCUUUUGUUUGUCCGAUUUGUUAAAUUUGUUCUGGUUACACCUGUAGAUCUCGAAUAGCAUCGUAUAUUAGAGAUUUAAAGUCAAACCUAGUAAUUAAAAUCGAGAUUUCUUUAUUGUUUGUAAGUAGGUAUAUUUAUAUUUUAGAUAUGAAAUAAUAAAAUUUAAAUCAAACGAAACUUUUUGUUGCUGGUGGUAUAAGUUGAGACAAGAAUGCGAGUGAUUAUCAUCUCAAAUGCGUAGAAAAUACUUACUUUAUGAAGAAAUGAGUAUUCAAUGUCAUUGUUCGAAUUGUUAUUUUUUUUUUAAACUAAGAAGAUCAAAAAAUAGUAUUAAGUAGCAUGAACAUUGAACAUAGAUUAAUACAAAUUAUUAUUAAUUUUUGUUUUGUACUUACACAUAAAGGUAGCUUACAUAUAUUUAAGUACCUACGUAAAUCUUGAACAAUUUGUACAAUAUUUUCAGUCAAACUGAAAUAAACUGUAAUAAAAAAAUUUGAAUUGUC